AUGAAUUUCUCGAUGAUCGAGCCCAAAGUGGACUCGACGGCUUCUUCAACCGCUUCAAAAGUCCUGAAAACUAGUCGCCAAUGGGACCUGCCACCGCGACUGAAACCUGGACGACGGCCAGGACAAGCAUUGGGGUCGACGGCCCGUGGUAAUAAUACCAGGGAUGAUGUUAGAAGCGUUAACGGCGGAAACUCUUCGUUGUCGUCGCUGCAAUCGCGUAAGGUAAAGAAUAGAGACGCGCAACGGGCUUUCAGAGACAGAAAGGCUUCAGAAGCACAAGAACUGCGUGAUUCACUUUCCAAAUGGAAGAACAGAUGCGAAAUGCUACAAAACGAACUUAAGAACAGCGUCGAUGAAAGUCAUAAGGUGCAGACGGCUUUGAAAGCUCGUAUAACUGAACUGGAGAAGGAACUGCAACUUUCGAGGCAAGAAAACUUUAGUCACAGAAAUGAGCAAACGGCUUGCAGUUGUAAAGAAUCUUCAAGCGUGGCGAAUCCCACGUCUACGAUUUUGGACCCCGUUUUACAAGAGAAAAUUAACAACUUGGUGCCGAUGAAGGCAGUGGCAUGGCAACGAACUGGGAAGCGGACUAGGCACUCUGGUACUAAACCGCUACCUAAAUUUAGACGAUUAAAUGGCCAGCAGGUUGCACCAGCGGUAGAAGUAAGCAGUUUGAGCGACCCUCUCAGUUUCGAAGAAUCGGGUGGGCAAGGCUGUGGGUUCUGCUCCGAAGCGUCUACUUGUUUAUGUAAAGAUGCGGCUUAG